AUGGGAAACGUGCUGUCAUCCUGCUGUAGCUGUGGUCGUCACAGCCGUGGAUCCGGAUAUGAACCGCUCCUACUCGAACCCGAAAGAGAUGCGGUUGCAAGCUUACUUCAAUUCCUCGAACGACGGACGGACACCAACUUUUUCACCGGUGAACCAUUGAAAUCACUCUCGACCUUAUCCUUCUCGGACAAUGUAGACCUCCAACGCUCAGCCGCAUUAGCUUUCGCCGAAAUCACCGAAAAGGACGUCCGCGAAGUCGGCAGAGACACUUUGGAGCCCAUCAUGUUUUUACUUCAAUCCCACGACACUGAAGUUCAACGCGCUGCCAGCGCUGCGUUGGGCAAUCUAGCCGUCAACACUGAGAAUAAGCUGCUUAUUGUUAGGCUGGGUGGGCUCGAACCCUUGAUCCGUCAAAUGCUAAGUCCCAACGUCGAAGUUCAAUGCAAUGCCGUCGGCUGUAUAACCAACCUGGCCACUCACGAUGACAAUAAAGCCAAGAUUGCCAAAUCUGGUGCCCUGGUUCCUCUGACUCGAUUGGCGCGUUCGAAAGAUACUCGAGUCCAACGCAACGCUACAGGCGCUUUGUUAAACAUGACACAUUCGGAUGAGAAUCGUCAACAACUCGUCAACGCUGGCUCGAUUCCUGUCUUAGUCUCGCUCUUGUCCUCCUCGGACACGGACGUCCAAUACUAUUGCACCACUGCGCUGAGCAACAUCGCCGUCGACACCGCCAACCGUAAGCGUCUCGCCCAGGGUGAACCCCGACUAGUCAACAGUUUAAUUGGCUUGAUGGACAGUCCAAGUCUGAAGGUUCAAUGUCAGGCCGCCCUUGCAUUGCGCAACCUGGCAUCUGAUGAAAAAUAUCAAAUUGAAAUCGUUAAGUGUGGUGGACUGCCCCCACUCCUCCGGCUUUUGCGAUCCUCAUUCCUACCUCUAAUUCUCUCAGCGGCGGCAUGUGUGCGCAAUGUAUCGAUCACCCCACAAAACGAAUCACCGAUUAUUGAGGCGAACUUUUUAAAUCCGUUGAUUGAGCUUCUAGCGUAUGACGAGAAUGAGGAAAUCCAAUGCCACGCCAUCUCAACUCUCCGUAAUCUGGCAGCCUCCUCAGAAAAGAACAAAGCUGCAAUUGUCGAAGCCGGUGCUAUUGAACGGAUCAAAGAACUAGUCCUGAGUGUGCCCUUGAGCGUCCAAAGUGAGAUGACAGCUUGCGCUGCUGUACUCGGACUGAGCGAAGACAUCAAAGGACAUCUCUUGGACUUGGGCAUAUUGGAGGUCUUGAUUCCUUUGACAAACAGUGUCAGUGUUGAGGUUCAAGGAAACAGCGCAGCUGCCAUUGGCAACCUUUCUUCAAAAGCCGAGGACUAUACGGCGUUCAAUUCAGUUUGGGACAAACCAGAAGGUGGGCUAGAAGGAUACUUGGUUCGAUUUCUAGAAUCCAGCGACCCGACAUUCCAGCACAUUGCGGUCUGGACGUGUGUACAAUUGCUAGAUUCAGGCGAACAUUUCUUAGAGAACCACAUCCGAUCCUCGAAGUUCAUCUUGCCGCUAGUGACCCAACUAGCCCUAACAAACGAUGGAAGUGCUAGCGGUACAGGUGGUACAUCUUCGGCCGACGCCGCUCAUCCAGACGGCGAGGGUGGAAGCGCUUCUGAGGCUGAAGAUUCUGGCGAAGUCGAGAUUGCUACUUUGGCCAAAAAAGUCGUCGAGAUGUUGGGCUUGGAAAUCAACUAG